CGUCAAGCGAGGCGACUUGUAAAUUGUUUGUUUUGUUUAUUCAGCAUUUAUUGCAAUUUAAGGAAUGUCGGAGCAUCAAGGCAGGGGCCAGGACUACAGCCUGGAGGGGGACUCCGAGCUGCGUUUCGAAAUAGAGCAGAAGGAUGCCAAAGUUGUGGUUACACUGGUAAAUGGAUUUGCGGAACUCUUUGGCACCGAAUUGGUGAAGAAAAAGAAAUAUGAGUUCCGGAUGGGCGCCAAGGUGGCGAUAUUCACAUACCAAGGGUGCGUUCUCCAUGUCACUGGAAAAAUGGACGUUUGCUAUAUUUCCAAGGAGACGCCGAUGGUGCAGUACCUCAAUUGUCACGCUGCACUGGAACAGUUUCGCAUGGAGGCCGAGGAGAAGGAUCGUCGUGGUCCGGUGGCCAUGGUAGUGGGCCCCACGGAUGUCGGCAAGAGCACGCUCUGCCGGAUUCUCCUCAACUAUGCAGUCAGAGUCGGACGUCGUCCCCUCUACGCGGACCUCGAUGUGGGCCAAGGCGCAAUCGCCAUUUCCGGCAACGUGGCCACCAUACUAAUCGAAAGGCCGGCCAGUGUCGAGGAAGGAUUUCCAAAGACCGCCCCGCUGGUCUACCACUUCGGUCACAAGUCGCCCAGCGGCAACAGUGUCCUCUACAAUGCCGUCGUCUCCAAGAUGGCCGAGGUCACGCUGCAAUCGCUCAACGGAAACAAGCGCACAAAGAGCUCCGGCAUCAUAGUCAACACCUGCGGCUGGGUCAAGGGCCAUGGUUAUGCACACUUGCUCCAUGCGGCCAGGGCCUAUGGGGCUUGCGCCAUUUUCGUAUUGGACCAGGAGCGGCUGUACAACGAACUGCUGCGGGAUGUGCCCUCCAGCGUUCAUGUGGUGCUCCUGCCGAAGAGCGGCGGCGUUGUGGAGCGCAGCAAGGAGUUGCGGCACGAGUGCCGGGAUCAGCGCAUCAAGGAAUACUUCUAUGGCAACGCCCGAGCGCCCUUCUAUCCGUUCUCCUUUGAGGUGAAAUUCCAGGACCUGCGAUUGUACAAGAUAGGAGCUCCUCCGCUGCCAGACUCCUGCAUGCCCAUCGGCAUGAAGGCCGAAGACAACAAGACAAAAGUGGUUGCUGUUACACCCACCCCGGCAUUGAUCCAUCACGUGUUGGCUCUGACUUUUGCAGAGUCCGUGGAAGACGAUGUCAUUGGCACUAACAUUGCCGGUUUCUGUUGCGUCACUGAAGUGGAUAUGGAAAGGCAAGCCGUGAUGCUACUCUCGCCGCAGCCGCGACCGCUGCCACCGAACGCUCUGCUGCUAUGGUCAGAGCUGCAGUUCAUGGACAACCAUACCUAGCUUCAUGUUAUAUUGAUUCAGUUAAGAGUAUAUUAAACAAUAAAUUAAAAUA